AUGGAGCCAAGAAACAAUACACGGAUUUUAGAAUUCAUUCUUUUGGGAUUUUCACAGGACCCAAACCUGCAGCCUGUUAUAUAUGGCCUUUUCCUCUCCAUGUACUUGAUCAGUGUAGUUGGAAACUUGCUCAUUAUUCUCACUAUCAUCUCAGAUGCCAACUUACACACACCCAUGUACUUCUUUCUCUCUAACCUGUCAUUUGUGGAUAUCUGCUUUACUUCCACCACUGUUCCAAAGAUGCUUGUGAACAUUCAAACAGAGAGAAAAUCCAUUAGCUAUGCAGGCUGCAUCACCCAGAUGUACUUUUUUCUGACUUUUGUGGAACUGGACAACUUCCUCCUGGCUGUCAUGGCCUAUGACCGUUAUGUGGCCAUCUGUCAUCCACUGCAUUACACCAGUAUCAUGAACUGCAGACUCUGUGGAUUUCUGGUUCUUAUAUGCUGGACUGUGAGUGUUCUGCAUGCCUUGUUACAAAGCAUGAUGGUGCUGCGGCUGGCCUUCUGUACAGACUUGGAAAUCCCGCAUUUCUUUUGUGAAUUGAAUCAGGUGGCACAGCUGACCUGUUCUGACACCUUCCUCAAUGAUGUGAUCAUGUAUUUUGCACUUGUGUUAUUGGCUGUCGUUCCUCUGCUUGGCAUUCUUUACUCUUACUCCAAGAUAGUGUCCUCCAUACGUGCGAUCUCCACAGUGCAGGGGAAGUACAAAGCAUUUUCCACCUGUGCGUCUCACCUCUCCGUUGUCUCCUUAUUUUACUGCACAGGUCUAGGGGUGUACCUCAGUUCUGCAGUCAGCCACAGUUCACAAGCAAGUGCAACGGCCUCUGUGAUGUACACAGUGGUCACUCCCAUGCUAAACCCCUUCAUCUACAGCCUGAGGAAUAAAGAUGUAAAAGGAGCCCUGAAGAGGCUCUUAGGGGUAAAACUAUGA